ACUUCUAAAUCAGUCCUGAGUCUGAGCAUGACGAGCCAUUUCAACCAGAGAGGACGCAACCUCGUGUUUAAAGGUCUGCACUUGAAACUGAAGGAUUUGAGAAAGAAAGCAGAAGAAGAAGGUUGGAAAAACCGGUACCUCUUCAAAGACCACAUCCCAGCGUACCCCCGACCAGAGUUUCAUGUGUCUCAUCUGAAACACGACACCGACCAAGCUGGAUUACGUGGGAUCAGGAGGGACGGUGGCUUUAGGAACCCGGCUGAUGGCUCUCUGCUGUGGUGGAGUCUGGUUGUGGGAUCUGAUGAGAUAAGGUCCGCUGAGAGGAGGCUCCUGGAGACCACCUACCCAGACCGGACAGAGGAGCAGGCCCAGAAGCAGCAGAGCUUCCUGGAGAAGUUUGCAACCUCCCCAGUCUUCAUGGAGUCCUCCAGGCUGGGCUCGUACCGCUUCACCUUCCCCCUGGAGGAGGUUCUGAAGGCCUACAGAGACCAGUUUUGUUCCGGUGCUCAACCCGUCAUGAGGUUGUUCAGGACCAUCCUGUACAAACAGGAAGUGAUGUACGCGGUGCUGGUCCACAGCCCGGCCAAUCAGCAGCUGUUCUCAGACCUUCCUCUGCUGACUGACGACCCAAACUCUGUGUGCACUUACAGAGACGGACACUUCAUCUGGAGGUCUGAGGCCAUGUGUGAGACACACAGAUAUAAGUUGGUCCACAGACAAUAUGAAGAGCAGAUGGUGGUGAGGGAGGCGUGUAAACCUCACCAGUUCUAUGUUUGGGAUAAUGUGGGCGUGGUCCUGCAUGUGGACAGACAGGUUCUGCAGUUUGAUGCUGGGCGACUGAGGGAGAACCUGACGUUCUGUGAUAAAGGACCAGUUACAGUGAAGGGUUCUCCUCAUGAUCCGUUUGUAGGAGCUGCAGAGAUUGUUAAAGAGCUGUGGCCAAACUGUCUCUCUCCACUAAAGAGAGCUGUGUGUUUGUCUUUUUAUACAUUUAUCUGAUCAAUGUAGUUUUUAACUGUCAAUCCCCAUUAAUGCUAACUGUACAAACACACAACUUUAUUAUCACUGUACAAACACAACUUUAUUAUCACUGUACAAACACACAACUUUAUUAACACUGUACAAACACACAACUUUAUUAUCACUGUACAAACACAACUUUAUUAACACAUUACAAACACACAACUUUA